AUGCUGAAAAAUUUUAUAAUUAGAAAAUAUUACUGUAGGAAAACUAGACACAUGAUUAAAACUUUUGUUCUUAAAAAGAUGCAUUCACGUUUUUUGGUGUUUGUGUGGCGGAAAAAGCUGCUCCUACUUGCAACAUCGUUAGCAUUCCUUGUGGCUAUUCUAUGGGGAUUUGUGUAUUCUUCGCAUUUUAGUCACAGCGAUAGCAAGAGACUGUCAAUAAAGGAACUGAUGGUAGGAAAUAAAUACGGAUUAUUGCAAAAGCUCGGAAUGAAUAGAAAAGAUACAAACUCGGAGAAUGAGCCAAUUCUUUUGAAGCCAACUGCCAUAAAUCUCCAAACCUUAUAUGCUUUAAAUAGGAGAGAAAAGUACUUCAAAGAUUGGAAUAAAAUACUUUUGGAUAAAGAUGAAAAAGAUCGAAUAGAUAAUUUUGCAAUAAUUUCACGUGAUGAUAUUGUUCGUAGAAAGAUAGCAGAUGAGAUGAAAUUGUCAGCUAAUAAGCAAGCAGAGUACGAGGGGUAUUUAAAGAAGAUGGGUAUACCUGUUAUUGUUGGUCUGGGACCAACAAAUCGUCAUCAUACACCACCAGAUGAGAGAAUAGUACAUUUUGAUCUCAAGGGAGCUCCAAUGAAAGUCAGUUACAUAUUAAAAAUACUUCCAAUGUUGAAGACAUUAGGUGCCACAGGGAUUUUAAUAGAAUACGAAGAUACGUUUCCCUACAGUGAUAUUCUAUCACCGAUUACUGCAAAAAAUGCAUAUAGUAGAAGAAAUAUUAUUGAAAUUUUGCAAGCUGCACAUUCGUUAGACUUGAAAGUAAUUCCAUUAGUUCAAACAUUUGGACACAUGGAAUUCGCAUUGAAAUUAAAAGAAUUUGUUCAUCUGCGCGAAGUUCCAGAAUCUCCACAAUCAAUAUGUCCAAGUUUAAACUCAUCAUUCACAUUAAUCGAGACAUUAUUGACACAAGUGAUUCAGCUACAUACGCUAAGUCAACAGCAACAAAAAAUUCUCAUGACUCGUAAAGGACGUGAUGAUGAAAAUGGAAAAGAUAUUCCGGAACUCACACACAUUCACAUUGGCUGUGAUGAAGUUUAUCAAUUAGGUGAAUGUCCACGGUGUAGAGAAAAGGUUCACGACAUGCUGUUUCUAGAUCACGUAUACAGUGUUGCCGCAUUUAUCAAAAAAAAAUGGCCCAAACUCAAUGUUAUCGUUUGGGAUGACCAAAUGCGGCAGAUUUCUACAGAAACAUUGAGAGCUUCUAGCGUCGGCAAUAUGGUAGAACCAAUGAUUUGGAGCUAUAGCGAGGAUGUCUACAAAUUCAUACAGUCAACGACAUGGGAUAAGUAUUCUCAAAUUUUCAAGUCAUGUUGGGUGGCUGGAGCUUUCAAAGGUGCUUUUGGUGAGACUCUUUUGAUUCCACCUGGUCGACGACAUUUAGAGAACACGCUAAGGUGGCUAGCAAUCAUACAAGGAGAAGGAACGAGGUUCCAGCACGGUAUAAAAGGAAUUGUACUAACAGGAUGGUCUCGUUAUGAUCAUUUUGCGACAUUGUGCGAGUUAUUCCCUGCAGCAAUUCCGUCUCUCGCAAUGUCCCUCCAUACAGCAUCAAAAGGAUAUUUCGAUAUAGAUUCACGCACAAAUUCAAUCAUUCCGAGUUUAACAUGUCCAGAUCCGCCUGGAGAUAGACACAUAUGGCUGGAUUUACAAAAGGAUCCAAAUCUUGGUGCAUAUUCACGAUGUCUGUUUCCAGGUAGCUCUAUUUUCCGUUUAAUCAAUCGAUUAUCUGCUCUCUCAUCUGAAGCUCGACAAUUUAUUGAUUCAAUUAAAUUUUCACGUGGAUGGCUGUCUGACUAUAAUAUUCGACACAACUUUUCCUCAUCGUCACGAAUAAUUGAGCUUUUAGAUGAUCAGCCACGUCUGUUGGCAUCAUUGAUUAAUUUAGCGAGAAAUUUAUCUGAGCAAAUGGAAGAAAUGUUUGACCAUUUUACUAUUGGAGAAUAUAUAGAACAACGAAUAUAUCCAUUAGUAAAUGAAUUAAGGAACUUGGAAAAAAUUGGCGAAAGCUUAAAGAUGAAAAAGAUUUUUCCAGUUCGACCACUUCCGUAUCUUGAGAAAUUUAUGAAAGAACUAGGAAUUACACAAAAGACUACGUCAUUAUAA